CCAACGAUCGGUGGGGCACUGUGUCCCUGGGACACUGAUCAGCGGAAAGAGCCGAAAACGUUGGCUCGGUCAUGUGAUCAGCUGUGUCCAAUCACAGCUGAUCGCAUGGCACUGAUCAGUGCCCUGAUGAUCAGUGUAGCCCCAUCAGUGCCACCUGUCAGUGCCCAUCAAUGUCACCUGUCACCUGUCAGUGUCCACAUCAAUGCCACCUGUCAGUGCCAAUCAAUGCACAUCAAUGCCACAUAUCAGUGCCAAUCAAUGUCACAUGCCCGUCAUCAGUGCCUACCAGUGCAUAUAAAUGCCACAUAUCAGUGCCCAUCUGAGCUGUCUAUCAGUGCUAGUCAGUGCCGCCUAUGAGUGCUGCCAAUCAGUGCCACCUAUCAGUGCCUGUCAGUG